UUACAUCAUCGCUUUUGUCUUCGCCUUCGCUUUGCAGGCAGUGGCAUACCUAGGUAUAAUAAAAACAAAAAUACGGGUUUCAUUUCUGUUGCCUUUUGCGAUGUGCUGAUGUGUAUUGUGUUGCCUUGCCUCACAUCGCAUCGUGUCGUCGUUGUCGGUCUCCACUUCUGUGUACACAAUUUUAUCUAGUCUACACAAACCAGCCCAGGGUAUAUUGCGCCGAUGGUGGAGUGGUUUGGUAUUUAUUUUAUACCAACUUUACUCAACUCGUAGCUCGCACCUCGCACGGCUGACGGCACAACUAAAACGUACUGAAACCGACAACGACGACGACAGACGUUUACGUUCCUAUCGGUUGUGUUCAUCUUGCAACCGGAGCUGAUUUCGAGUUUAGGUUCAACUUUGGCCGAAGAUUGUUGUUGUGAAUAAUAAAAAAAAGACACUUGUGCUAAAGAAAAAUACAAAAACUUAAUUCUUAACUCCAGAGAGAUUCAAAGAUACAGAUUUAUUUAGCGAUUUAUUUUUUUUAGUAUGAUAAUUUUGCAAUUUGCAAAUGAAAUGAGAACAAUCCUAAAGUUUUGUAAACUAUCUAUAAAAAUGCUAUUAUUAUGAAAGUAAAAUUUGCCGCUAUGUCUACAAUGUGCGUUCGAGUAAUAUGAAAAUAUAAACAUUUCUAUUAUUUUUUGGUGGAGACUCAUACCUUUCUAAUUAGUAACUUAAGAGUGACAUUUUUGAUAAACAACAAAUAGAAGAAAAAAUUGUGCAAAUUUAUACCUACCUAUAUUUAGAUGAUUUACCUGAGCACUCAACGUGCUACAGUUUAUCCUGGGAAAAUUUCUAUAAAUUCAAAUCGGGAAAUGAAAUAUUCAACUAUGGACUUUGAAAAUGAAUCUACUUUUGAUGAGUUCACGGAUACAAUUAACAACCUGGAAUUGGAAAAAGAAAAAGAUUUGCCAGCGCUCACUUGCGUCGACCUGUUUCCAGAUCCACCACAUUUGGCUGAUGCAGCAUCUGCUAGGCCCGAUGAAGACGGUAGCCUGGCUGAUGAAGAUGAAUUUCCGGGUUUUAAAUCAGCCGAAAUUAAAUCGGAGGAAACCCAGAGUGAAAACACAAGUGACAGCACCAAGCAACUUUCUGAUUCACUCGAAGAUAAAAACUCUCCCAGAGCAUCGCCUAGCAAUCAACCUUUGGCAGAAAAUUUAAAAAGUUCAGCUUUAACCACUGUUAGUAUUACAAGUGCACCAAUUUCUCCAAAUGCAUAUUUCUCAUCAGCUGAAAGUGUUGCUUCGUCAGGAUCGUCUUCGAAAAAGUCCAAAAAGCGUUACUGCCGUAAAUGUGAUACCAAUUUUCGCAAAACACGUGAACUACACGAACAUCUUAAGCAGCAUGUGUGCAUGCCACAAAUUCGAAUCGAAAAACUCAGUGAUGAUCAUGAAAAAGUCAAAGAAUAUCUCAGCUUAUUGAGUCCAAAAGAAAAUUCAACCAAUGGAAGUCUCAAACUAAAAUUAAAAUUGCUGAGUUCGCAAAAUUUCGAAGUGGUUCCGUCUAAAAAGGAUGCCAAGCCGCAGGGAGAAGAGGCUCGUAUACGGGUUUUGAAAGCUUCAGACAUAAAAUGUAAGCCGGAGUUAAAUGAAAACACUCCCUUAGAUCCCCAGCAUCAGACUAUGAGCCCUAAGUUGCCAAAUUCGUUUAUACCUCCAGAAAACAAGUAUUUUGAAUGUCCCACAUUCGAUGGGCUGGAUAAUUUUGCUGAAGAACUAAACAAUACUAACGAAGCCACAGACGAUUUGUUGAAGAAGCUUUUAGAGAAUAAAGAACAACAACCAUUUCCCAGAGAGGGGGAGUGGCCUGCCAUUGCCAAUGAGUUCAUAUCUAUAGACAGUCUAGCGCCGAGGUGCAAUGUCUGUAACAUGAAUUUCUCACACCCCAAGUAUCUGUAUGAGCACAAACAACUCACUGGUCACGAUUUCCAUAACAGAACAAGUGAAAGUCAACCUGCUCCGAAUUCACAUCCCGACUUCAGACACCAUGCACAGAGCAAUUUUAUGCACGGUGGCGUGCCGCAACAGCCGCAUUCUGCCCAAAACAUGCCUCCUUUGUAUCAGCUUGCUCAAAUGCGUGGUAAUUUCCAUAAUUACGGCCCAAGAAUGAAUGCGAGACAAGUUAUGCAUCAUCAUCCGCAGCCGUCUCCACCACCAGGAUUCCAUCCCUCGCAGUGCAUGAUGACGCGAACCCCGCCGCCACUUUACCGUGUAAACGGAAAUCCUGCUAACUACCCGCCAUCCCAUUUUAUUGAGAAGCGGUCUGAACUAUAUGGACCAGGAGCUGGUCCUGGACAUGGUGCGGGACCUGGACCACAAUUUCACAGUAACAAUAGCCAGCAGCAACAUCAUCAGCAACAGCAGCAACAUCAGCAGCAUCAGCAUCAACAACAGCAGCAUCAACAACACCUACAACAACAGCAUCAGCAACAUCUUCAACAACAACAACAACACCAGCAUCAACAACAGCAGCAUCAACAACAGCAGCAUCAACAUCAACAGCAUCCCCAACAACAUCCGCAGCAGCAUCCACAACAUCCUUCACAGCAUCCGCAACAUCCAUCCCAGCAUCACCAGCAACAGCAGGGUCCGGACAUGAUGCGACAGCCCAUCUUUUUGAAAUCACGACUGCAGAAAGCUAUUCGAGGACGAGCACAGGGUCCAGCAAAUGAAAGCCCAACAUCUCCAGGAAUUCUCACAGAACAAACUGCAAUUAGACCAAGAUUCUUAGGCCCAACAAGCCAAGGGCCUGGCCAGAUGCAAUUCCCAAGGGCUCCUGGUCCAGCUUCUUCCAGGCAUCAUGGUGAGCCGCCAGCAAAAAGAAUUAAAGUCGAGCAAGGGCCCCAGUUCACGUCUUCUUCGUCCUCAUCACCAAAUGGAAUAGCUUCUCCUGGAAUCACUAGUUCUCCGAGUUUACCGGUUAUCCAGAGCGUUCAUAGUGGUAUAAACGCUAGUAGCUUCGCGGCAUUGAGUGAAAAAUCUAAAUCUCUAUCAUCUGGAGAUUCUAUAAGUCCAUCGGCUAAGGGAGCUGUCAAGAAUCCAAAAGAUGUUGCCAACAUUCUCGCAACUCGGGGAAUAACAGUUACACACAAAGGCAAAUCAUCCAACGCUCCCACAGCAAACAAAGGAUCAAGUUCGGCCAAUGCAGCACAAGAAGCUGUUCAAAAGCUUCAGGCUAACAAUUCGGUCAGCAUUAUUUCCAAGAAGAAACCCGCUGAAAUCAAUGCGACAAGAGCAGCUGCUGCGGCUUCAGACCAUACAAAUCGUAUCCCAGCCAGAUUUCUCUCGUGUCCUGUUAUUACCUGCAAGGAAAAGUUCCUAACUUCCGAGGGUGUGAACCGUCACGCUUUUCGAUGGCACGGAAUUCCAAUGCCAAAUGCAGAUCGAAAUCAAAAACGUUCCGUUCGAUGCAGAGAAUGUAAUCAACUUUGUGCUACGCCCGAAAUUCUACAGGAUCACAUGCGACGUGAACAUGAACCAAGUGUAAAUGAGAUUGGUAUCCCUAUUGUCGAUUUGAGAAAUGAAGAAGUCAAACGGAAACUCGCAGGAUUGGGUAUUUUCAAUUAUGUACCAUUAACCGCUGCUGGAGCCAGCACAAGCUCUUUGGCCUUCCCAAUUGUAUCAGUGCAAGGAGGCUCGAAUUCAAGUAUUUGUAAUCUUCUAGGAUUGGGUGCUAACUCCGUUCUAUCGCUGGGGCCUAUCAAGUCAAUUGCGAUACGAAAGACAAAUAACAACGAGAAAAAGUGAAAACUCACAAUACACAAAUUAAUUAAAUAAGUUUGUUAAUUACAUAACUAGUUUAAGAUUUUUCUAUUUAUAAAAAUAAAACUAAGAUUGUAUUAUUAGUAAAAAAGGAAUUAAAUUUAAAAAA